AUGGAUGUCACGCCUACAAACGAAGUGGAGCGUGGCUUCACCAUUGGUGUUGUGGUUUUUGCACUUGCAGCCUGGCAAUUGAAGGAUGUCGAACACUCUGUGGAUGUGGGUUUUGCGUACGUUGUGGGCAGCAUCACUGCCAGCUUAGCACAGCUCAGAACCAUGUCUGAGGAGGCAUCCAAAGACUUUUGGCAGAUGCGACGUUUCCUAAACCAGAACUCUGUGGACCAUAACCUGGCAGCCAGGAUCCAGCGCUUUGUGGAAUAUGCUUACAGUCGCCAGCAGAAGACCAUGUCCAUCAAUCAGGUAAAAGUUCUUUCUUUGCUCUCCAAGCAAUUGAUGGAAGAGUUGCAGUGUGCUAUCAAUUUGCCCCAUAUGAAAGUGCAUCCACUGUUCAUGUUCUUGAAUGAGUUCUCAUUCAUCACCAUGAACCGAUGUGCGAAGUCCUUCGGACGUUUGGAGUACAUUCGGAUGAUCGACAACAGCGGCCAUGAGUACAAGGAGUUUGUCGACAAGGGUGAGGACUGGCUAGCUGAGCCAGCGCUAUGGACUGAAGCAUGGUAUCAUGUGGGCGAGGCCAAGGCCUACACAGACUGUGAGGUCCUUUUGGUUGAUCCAAAGGCCUUCGAGGAGAUUCUCAACGUGGUUAGGCCAGUUGCCAGCAUCGUGGCACAAUACUGCAGGCGCUUUAUGGCCUGGCUUCAAACUUUGGAAUCAGAGGAAGGCAUGCUGACGGAUGUCAUCCAAGGCAAGCUGGAAUUUUAUGUCUAG